AUGUCCUUCUCAUGGGCUGGUGUUCCUCUGUGGUUGGCUAUAGCCGGUGGGGCCCACCCGCGGUGGACGUUGGAGACGCCGCUGCCGGCCACGGCGGCCCUGGUGGCCAUGACGCUGGCCCCCAUGAGAUCACCACCACCAUCCUCCUCCUCCUUUUGGGCUGAAGGAGACGCCGCUGCCGGCCACGGCGGCCCUGGUGGCCAUGACGGCGAAGCGAGAUCGAGGCGGCUGUUCUCGUGCCUCUUCUGCGACAAGAAGUUCCUCAAGUCUCAGGCGUUGGGGGGCCACCAGAAUGUGCACAAGAAGGAGCGGGCCGGCAGCUGGAACCCUCGCCUCUACCUACAAUCCGACCACGGCGACCGGCCGGCCACCGCGGCGGCAAAUGCGCCGGCGAGAUGGCCAAAUGCGCGCCUUGAUGACGACGGCGAGAAGCAGUUGCAGCAGCUUGAUCUCAACGUCAAGCUUUAA